AUGCCUGACCUCCGCCGUCAAAUCUUCGAGAGCGGCAAGACUGUCUCGCGCAAAGCAGCCUCUCGGGAAGCAUCGCGCAAUAAUUCUCGUAACAACUCGAAGCAGACCUCGCGUGAUACUUCGCGCAACGCCAGUAGAGCCGCAUCUGACGAGGAGGACUCGGGCUUUCUUUCUGACGACACCGCCAUGAGCAUCGGCUCCUUGGACGAUGAAAACCCCGAGCAGGAUAAUGAAGACUGGCCCCAGGAGCUGGGCGAUCGCAUCCAGGAGAUCCUCGAUCGCAAGCGCAGCAGCGUGCAGGGCCGCGAAGAAGCCCUGACGGCCUUCUGCCGUCUGACCAAGUAUCACCAUGCGGAAGAAGAAACUCGGGCCUAUACCGGAGACUUGCUGAGUGCGUUUGCGAAGAGUGUGCGUUCAGAGACUAGCGCGCGCGAAACGAUCCAGGCACUGCGUGCGAUCGAACUGCUGGCCAUCACGGCGCUGGAUGACACCAUCUAUGAAAAUAUGGAGCCGCAGCUCACGCGCACCAUUCGCGACUCAUCUUCCGCCUCCAUCAAGGCAGCGGCUAUUCAUUGCCUGGGUGCGUGCACCGUCUUUGGAGGCGCGGGCGAAGAUGGCAUCUUGGAGCAGAUGACUUUCCUCCUUGACAUCGUGGCUUCGGACGGAGAGUCGAUCGGUGCUACAGACGACGCCACCAGUGUCACUGCCGCACUCCAGGUAUGGGGAUUCCUGGUCACUGAAAUCGAUGACUUUGAGAGCGAGAGCGAGGAGGCGGCUCAGAUCUUCAUCGAUCAGCUCGAAAGCGGCGACUCGGGGGUGCAAAUCGCCGCAGGCGAAAAUAUUGCACUCCUCUACGAAAAGAGCUACACCCCACAAGAAGAUGAUGAGGACUCCGAUACCGAAAACUCAGGUGAUGACAGCGACGAACACGGGCUGGUGAGCUCGUCGGGCCCGAAGCUGCUGAAGCGUUACAACGCAUACCAUAACACCCCCGAACUAGAACGCCAGCUCCAAUCCCUCGCAACCAUCCACACAAAACGGAUCAGCAAACGCGACAAGAAAUCCCUGCACAGCAACUUCACCUCGAUUCUUACCACGGUUGAAAACCCGCGCCGCGGACCCCGCUACAACAUGGCCAUCGAUCAGGACACAAACCGGCACUACGGCCACACGCUGACGGUCAAGAUUGGCCGGCACGGGAUCAUGAGCAUCGACCGCUGGUGGAAAUGGGUGCGGCUGUCGACGCUGCGCCGGAUCUUGCAGGGCGGCUUCGCCGAGCACUAUUUCCAGGGGAACCGGGCCGUGCUGGAUAAUCUGCCCGUCAUGAUGCGCAUGUCCGAGCAAGGAUCGGCUGGAUCAACGGAUCGGCAUGGUGCAAGAAAGGCUGCGAAGAUGCGGAACUCGAAGCGGUGGACUGCGCACCACUCGGAUGAGGACUAG